AGGCAUAAUUUAAAAUUUUUGGAAGCGUACAUACAACAAAAUUUCAUCUGGUUAUACUUUUUCUCUUCCCUCCAAAGCACAAUCUAUAACUCUGAGGCUUCCUAAUACCCUCCUAUCCCACCCACUCACAUAGGUAAAAUUCUGAGAAAUGUUGAAAUUACACGAUCUGUAUGGCCAAUCGUUUGCUCACGAGUUUCAGUUCACCAAUCCGGACUCCAUCAAGAAUGCGGUCAAGCGCUACAAUCAGCAGCGCGCUGCCGAACGGGACGAAAUCAAGAAGGACCGAGAGGUGCCUAAGGUGGCCAAACCGCGCUUCUGCAAGAUGCGGAACACGGGGCGCGAUGUGCUCAGCAUGGUAACAUCGCGCGACCAGGAUGUGGAGACGCAGAUCUCAUUGCACAUCCUCCCCGACACGCCGCACAGCAGCGGCAGCAGCAUGAAUAUAGUCGCCAAUAGCAAAAGUAACGGUCUAAAUUUGAUGCUGCCCGUGAAACGUUUGGCUGGCGGAGCAGAUGCCAUUGCCACGCCUACCAACAGCGGCCGAGCCAAGAUGCGCAUGCGCAAAACGAAGCGUGUGGCAGCCAAACAGCAGCCGAAACUAAUAGAUGAGUCCGAUUCCUAUGCCGCCCACAUUGAGGGACUGCAUCGACAGGUGUGCGCCGAACUGCAGUCCAUGGGCCAGGCGCAGGAGCAGGCGCAGGCGGAUCAAACCAAGCGCAAGUCGAAAACUCGGCGCAUGCAGCAGCAGCAACAGCAACUGCAGGCACAGCCGCAGCAGCAGUCGAAGAUUGCAUCCCAUCAGAGCCCACGCAAGCGCAAUCAAAAUCCGCGGAAGCGAAUGCACCCCGAUAACGCGUCCACAUACUCCGAGCCCGACAUGAUACUGCAGCGCCUGAAGCAGGUGCUGACUGAGGAGCAGAUGAACACAUCGCAUAAGGCAUCCUACCAGGCCCACUGGACGGAUGGCAUGCCCCAGUCCGGCCAUGGCAAUGCGUACGAUCCACUGAAUGGCGCCAAUUCCGAUGCCUGCCUGUACAUGAAGCAGCGACAAUCUGAGGAUUCCGAGCCACAGGAAGACAGCGAUCUGGAGCAGGAGUACGCCGACCGCCCCGACUACAUGCGCUACACACAGCGCGUGCCGCACAAUCACAGUGACCCGGAGGAUCAGCAGGAGCAGCAGGGCUGCUUCGUUGAGCUGGAUCCGCAUCCCAACUGGAUUAGUUUGCAGCGCAGCCUGAAGCCGAUGCUCUACACGUCCCAGCGAUCCGACACGGACAGCAGCACGCUCUGCGACCAGAAUGAAGCGCGUCAGCUGUCCGACAGUGUCAAGCCGACUAGGGCCAAGGGCGAGACGUUCCCCACCGUCUCGGGCAGAUCCCCGACCAGGCAACGUCAACGUAGCCGGCAGCAAUCACCAUCGAUCAAGUCCAAGUCGAAGCCCCGUAGUCCGAAAGGGACGCGGCACGCGAAGCGCAAGGCGCCCCAGCGGCAGGAAGUGACUGCACCACGGCAGCCAGGAGGCGGCGAAAGGGGUUCGAGUAUACUAACGGCGCCGCUGAAGCCCUCCGAGCAGCCCCACUUGGAUCUGUCGAUGCCAACUCUGGCGCCAAAGCGGCGCAAGGCGCGCGCCAUCAUCUGCACCCGAUCGCUGGAGAAUCUGAAAUUCCAAAAGAUGUCCAUCUACAACAAGAUCUCGCUGACACAGGAGCGCAUCAUAUCGGCCCUGGACAAGCUGCAGUGCAGCCUGCUGCAGCUGCCCCUGAUCCACAACAGCAGCCAGGAGAAACAGCGACGCGAGCGGAACGCAUUCAAUUUCUGUGUGCGAUUCUCUCGCAACUUUCUCUAUCCGCUGCGUGGCAUGAUCGAGGAUGUGCGGUCCACGCCGGUGGCCAGCUUCAAUAGCGCCGCCUCGAACGACGCCAGCCAGCGGGUGGUGUGCGUCUACGGGCUGAUGCACCACUCGAUCGGCCGGUAUCAGCGGCAGGUGCGCUACUUCCUGCUGGACAAGGUGCCGCAGAAGCUGAGCGCGCUCAUCGAGAUGAUGUACACGCUGACGAACGUCUGCCUGGAAAAGGGUGUGCUCGAUCGUCAGGAUCCGGUGGUGGAGUGCCUGCAACAGCGCUGCACCAGCUUCCUCACGUUCAUCGAGGACAUGCAGGAGCAGCGCUUCCAGCUGGCGCGCGAAUCCUACAGACGUCUCCAACGGCGUGCUUAUGGCGGUGGACAUGGCCAUGGACACGGACAUGGAUACGGACAUGCGCAUGGAUAUAUACAUGGUCAUGGACAUGGACAUGGACACGGACAUGGACAUGGACACGGACACAGACAUGGACACGGACACGGACACGGACAUGGACACGGACAUGGACAUGGCCAUGGACGCGGAUAUGGUGGGCCUCGCCAGGACAUGCACGAGCGAUACGAUCUGAAAAUGUGUCUCAACGAUUUAAAACUAUACGAACCGCGUCUGGUGCCCAAGGAACGCACCGACAAGCGUCGCCCUCGCAUCUGGCUGCGCAAGCCCAAGAUGCUUGCCGAAUCGCCCAAUGCCCCAAUCAUCCCUAGCAUAAUGCUAAGCCAGGGAUCCGAGGUGCCGCCCGAACAGCCCAGCGAAUACGUGCCAACCCACAUCGAGUGCGUCCAGUGUGGCGACAAUCGCGGCGAGCCAAGCAGCGAACCCGAGCAACCCGAGCAGCCCGGACAGACCGAACAGCAGGUAAAACCCGAACAGCCCGAGCAGUCGGACGAGCAUAACCGUCAGCUCUCGAAUAUAUUGGCACUGCUGCAGCAGCCCGGCCGGGAGAAGCGGGAGCUGCAUCAGCAGCUGCUCGAGGCCAUGGAGCAUGUGACCAAGUCGCAGGUGCGCGAGGUGCUGGACCCUCUGGUACGCUCCCUGGGCAACAUGUUGGAUAAGAAGCAUACAGAUGAAGCCCAAUGAGGAAUAGUCGCUGGCAGGAACCAAAGACUCAAUUCAAUAAAAUUGCACUUUUCGUUUUCGGUGAACCAAAUUGUAAAGUAGUUUAUUAGAGUGCAUAUGCAAGCGUAUGUAAAUGUUUCAAAUCGCUGUGGGAUCAAUAAAGCGUAUCGUUUUCAUAAAUACACCAA